AUGGUUCACAUCAUUGAGAAUCCACCAAUUCCUCUUGCCACUCCAAUCUAUGAGGGCAUGAAAGCCCAUUCAUCGGUUGAAAUUCACGGAGAUGUGUUUCAAGGACCACAAGGAGGAUUCACUGUCGAAUUCCCAACCAAAAAUGGAGUGGCUUUGCAUAUUUCUGUACGAAUGGGACUCUACGGACAAAAUGUGAUCGUAUUCAAUCAUUUGGAUCAUGGAAGAUGGCAUCGUGAGGAACACCAUCAUAAUAACGUUGUUUUCGGAAGGCCAUUCUGUAUGAAAAUUCACAAUGAGCAUAGAAAAUAUUCGAUACAUGUGGAUGGACAUCACAUCGGCCACUAUCACCAUCACAAAUGUCCCAAGAAAAUUGUUGCAUUGACUAUUCGUGGAGAUAUCCGAGUUGGAAAAGUUCACUUCGAAAACUUCAAACAUCACAAUGGAGGUGGAACCGAAGUAGUUCUUCCAGUUGCUGUUGCUCCGACCCCAGUCGUUGUCGCAUCCGCUCCACCACCACCUGUGAUGAUCCCUCAACCACAAAUUGUUCCAAUGGUCCAACCGGUUCCUGUUGUUCAGCCAAUGGUCCAACCCAUCUACCCCAACAUCCAACCAAUUGUGUAUCCAACUGCUACACCAGUCAUUUAUACACAACCGGAAGUUAUCUACAUGGAAGGUUAUCAUCAUCAUCACCGCCACUACUAA